CUUGAGCAUCAACUCCAUCUAAUUUUCGUUGCUUAUACGGCCAUAGUUGGAACUCUAUACAUCUAUGGGGCUUUUAGACUUGGUACAGUGGGUGGUGCAGGGUACUGUGUACGUUGGCCUCACGGCAGUUACUGGAGGACUGUUCCUGCUUUACUUUUACCAAAACAACCUCAUAUACCCAGCGCAUUUCCCACCGGGCUCACGCCAGAGCGUCUCCAAACCCGACGAAUUUAACUUGAAUGACUACGAGGAUGUCACCAUCACAACCCCUGACAAUGUCAAAAUUAAAGCUUUUCUCAUUCGCCGACCGAAAGGUACAACUGAACAGGAGAACGAAACAGUGGACUUUGCGACCGCCUUAAGAGAUGGAGUGCGUAAACGAGGGCCCGAGAAGCAAGACGCCGAGGAGUUGGCGGAGUAUACAUUAAUUUAUUGUCACGCUAAUGCCGGCAAUAUGGGCCAUCGUCUUCCCAUUGCCAAGGUCUUCCAUUCGCGAUGCAACGCAAAUGUUGUCAUGUUUUCUUAUAGAGGAUAUGGACAAAGUGAAGGUUCGCCGUCUGAAGCGGGGCUUAAGAUUGACGCACAGGCUACUUUAGACUGGGUGCUUGCUCACCCGCAAUUAAGAAAUACAAAGAUCGUUGUAUAUGGACAGUCUCUUGGUGGUGCAGUUGCAAUCCACCUGGCCUCCACGAACGAGGACAAGAUUGCCGGUUUGAUCGUUGAGAAUACCUUUUUGAGCCUGCCCAAAGUUGUUCCCCACAUUCUGCCGUAUCUUAAAUACUUGACCUUCCUAUGCACCCAGGUGUGGGAUUCUGAGACUACCAUCCAGCGCAUCCCCCGUCUCCCGAUUCUUCUUCUCAGCGGUGGCAAGGACGAGCUCAUUCCGCCCAGUCAAAUGGCUGGUUUGUGUUACGCUGCACGAUCCGCACGCGGCAAAACAAAAGCUCCCAGUACCAGUACAGUCAAGCGCGACGAACACGGCAUUCGAUUCAUCGUUUUCCCCAACGGAACACAUAACGAGACCUGCGUUCAACGUGGAUACUUUGAUGAAGUGCUGGCUUUCUGGAGGGAGUGUAUUGUUGGGGAUGGCAGUCAAUCGAAGAGUGGUGAAACGCUGGUUCCGAAGGAUGUAUCCAAUGUUGAUGGAGUUCUCGAGGCAUACAAGACUAUAGAGAAGGGCGGGGAGGGAUCGAGGCUGGUGACGGGUGGGCUGGGUGUCCCCCGAAUGUGACAGGGAUCAGCGAGCGACUGCGGCAAUAUAUUUUUUGUCAUGAUCAUAGAUUACAUGAUACAUUUCUGGCUGGCCAUUACUACACGCGUAUAUCAAUUUUCACAAAUGUAUUGACCACGAUAAACCACCGCAGUAAUAUAAUACUGAUAUCUGACCAGCCUA